AUGAAGGUUAUCAAACCUCUCUAUAAGAUCUUUGAAGCAGAGAAUCAUUGGUUCAGAAUCUAUUACUCCCAUUACCUGGAAUACCUCCGGAUGAGCCAAUCAACAUUCGACCCAUGCCUACUCUAUACCAUGGAUAGCCCUAAUUCAAGAGAAUCUACUGGUUUCGGCAUCGUUGGACUUCAGACUGAUGAUACCCUCAUUCUUGCAGAUGCCACGUUCGCUGAAUCUGAAGAGAUUGAGUUACAGAAGGCUCAAUUUCUGGCUAAAGACCGCGAGAAGUUAACCAUUGAAAAGCUCUUGAAGUUCAAUGGCAGCAUGGUCAAGCUAGAACCUGAUGGGAUUACUCUUACCUAG